AUGAGGAGUUUUGGGACUCAUGUUUUUAUAUUGCUAGUUAUUGUUCUGGGAGUUAAUGGAGUUUCCUUCUAUGGUGAUGGCUACAUCCACUUGCGGACAGUUGAGUCCUCGGUCCAGACCACUGUCCAUGUCAGAUUCAGGACCUCCUCUCCAACAGGGCUGCUGUUUCUGGCAGCCGGGACCAGGGACUUUUUACUGGUUGAGCUCAUCUCGGGGUGCUUGCAGGUCCGGCUGGAUUUGGGUUCCGGUGAGCGCUCUCUCCUCUCCGAAAAGCAUCUCCAUCUCAAUGAUCUGGCGUGGCACUCCAUGCAGCUGACCCACGACCGCCAUAACAUCACCCUAACAGUAGACCGCAACUCUCAUAUCAACCUCCACCUGCCUGGCCCUGAUCUGGAACUCAGUGUCAACGAUGGCUUAUUUGUUGGUAACAAAGCAUGGCUAACCCACCCCUAUCUCCUAACCAGCACUCUUGGAUUCAGGGGCUGCAUGGACGAAGUGGUUUUCAAUGAGCAUAACUUACUGUCCAGUCUUAGGCCCUAUUCUGGUUAUAAAAGCGUUUACGAGGUUUCUCUUGGAUGCAGCCCACAGUUCUCAGCCACUGAAGAAGAUCCUGUUAGCUUAUAUAGUUCUAAAUCUUUCAUUGCUCUUCCAACGUGGGAGGUGCCACAAGAGGGGGUGUUCAAAUGUGAACUCUACCCCUCUGCAGGAGAAACAGAUGGAGUAGUUUUAUAUAGCUUAGGUAAUCACAGAGUGUUUGUUGCCAUAGAGAUCCAAAAUGGUCACCUGAUGGCUACAGUCGGGAAAGGAAAGAUCAAAAUGAAGUUGCGUUCUUUGUUGCAACUUAAAAGUACUUCUACAUGGUAUCCAAUCGAGCUACGUCUGCUGCCCCAAAAAAUGCAACUCAAAGUGGGGGAAGAAUUACUGACGACCAAUCUCACCACAGAACUUCAGUCAAUUCAACUCAAAGGAAAUCUGUAUAUUGGUGGUCUAAGCGAACAGGCAAGAUUAGAGGCAAGGCGAAGUGGACAGCUAUCUAUUCAGCCAGAGGGACAACUUGGCUCUUUUAAAGGGUGUUUAAGAGAAAUUAACAUCAAUGGACAAAAAACAGGACUCCCCUAUGCAACUGUUACAAAGGAUGUGACCAUAGAAUGCGAUAAAAGAUAUGCCACAUCAAGUCCAACAGAGUCUACCAAAAUGGAUGUUACUACUGCACAACCAGUCGUCAACACCAGGAAGCACCAACAGUUUCUGGUCCUCAAAAAGUUAGAGCUGGCAGAAGGAGCACGAGCAACUCUAGAACCAAAACAUAUUAAGGUUAACCUAAAUUACCGAAAACUACAAAUCCACCCAUCCCAGCUGAUGUUCCAUGUGGAAGCCCAGCCCAUCCAUGGUCACCUCCGCUUGGACCUCCUUCCCAGCUCUGAUCUAUAUACAGAUGGAGAUCAGGAGAUGGCUGGAUCAGAGAGAGAUCUGACCUUCAGCAUGGUGGACCUUUGGCAGGGCCGGAUCAUCUACGUCCACAGUGGAUCUGAGGAGCCCAGUGACUUCUUCAUGUUCUCAGUCUUCAGUAGCGGGAAAAAAGAACUCCCUCUGUUUCUGAAAGGCAACCGUCUACACCGCUUUGACAUCAGCAUCAGUCCUGUCAAUGAUGCUCCAGUGCUGAGUCUGCCAGAGGGAAACCUGUUCACAAUGUUGGAAAAUGCCAAAAGACAGCUAACAACAGAAGUGCUAAGAGUAACUGAUCCAGACAGUGCUCCAGAGGUCUUGGUGUUUAACUCACUGGCAGAUAUAAGAACUGAAGCGGGAUACCUAGAGCACCAGGACUACCCUGACAGGCCCAUCAAUAUAUUCUCAUUGCAAGACCUGAAUAACAAUAAGAUAAGCUUUGUGCACAGUGGGGUUCCAAACUCCAGACUGCCAUUGCGAGUUAGUGAUGGAGAAAAGGUCAGCAACACUGUCACUUUAAGGAUCAUGGCUGUACCUCUUGAAUACAAACUUGUCAACAACUCUGGUUUGGAGGCGGGCCAAGGCAAAGCAGCUAUUAUUUCAACCAAUCAGCUCGCUGUUCAAGUCAAAGCUGCAGACCAGGGAUUAGACAUUCGCUAUGACGUCACCGAGCUGCCUCAAUACGGCAACAUCCAGAGGCUGCACUCCAGUGGCGAAUGGAAAUCCACAACUUCCUUCUCCCAAAAACUUUUACAAAAGGAACGCAUCAGAUAUCUCAACACGUACUAUGGUAUUCAAAGUCAAAACAAUGCCACGGACCAGUUUAAAUGUAAAGUUAACAUUGGCUCACAUGUUACAGAGGAGAUAGUAGUCCCUGUACUAGUACAUUGGAUAAACUUUAAGGUAACAAGAAGCAAAAUGGAACUAAAUGGUAUUCAGGAAGCCAUUAUAACUCCGGAAGAUCUUCACGCUAUUUCCAAAGGUGUCAAACUAAAUGAUAGCGAGCUACAUUUUAGGCUGUUAACCGUUGUUAAAAAAGGCCAGGUGUAUUUUAACAACACAAUUCUUCAAAUAAAUUCAACUUUUAGCCAGAAGAAUAUCACAGAUGGUUUGAUAAAGUAUAAACUUCUCAACAAAGUUCAAGAAGAUACAAGAGAUACAUUUAGUUUUCAGUUAUUCACACCACAAGCUUAUUCAGCCAUUUAUGACUUUAGAAUUAACAUUAGGGCAGAGUCGAAUACUGUUACUGUACAAAACAAAGGACUUUCCAUUUUAGAAGGAGCGAGUAAAGUUAUCACACAGGAUGUCUUAUUCACUCACACAGCAAGUAACCGAGAAGUUCAAUACAAAGUCAUAACAUCUCCAAGAAAUGGUUAUUUAAGAAGGAUAAAUCUCUCCAACUCAACUUCCAUCAAUGACAAUAUCAAAACAUUCACAAAUCAAGAUGUAAUGCAGGAAAGAAUUAUGUACGUGCAUGAUGACAGUGAAACCCAGCAGGACUUCUUCACGUUUCAAAUAGUAGUUUUCAAACCACAGAAGCAUGGAGUCAAGAAGGAGGACAGGGACCCAGAGGAGCAUAGGUUCAAUAUUUCAGUGCAGCUUGUCAAUGAUCAGAAGCCAGUACGAGUGGUAGAUAAAGUUUUCCAUGUGGCGCGGGACGGACAGAAGUUGGUGACUGUGAACGACCUGCGUUUUCGGGAUGAGGACUCAGAUUUUGAUGACAGCUGGUUGGUCUACACUCGGAGGGGGAUUCCUAUGGGGGAGCUGGUACGGGCCAGUGAUACCAACCACAAGGUGUAUGAGUUCACACAGCGGGAUCUUGAGCAGAAUAAAGUCUUGUUCAUCCACAGAGGAGUGAGUUCUGGACGUUUUGUGCUCUUUGUGACUGAUGGGAAACACUACGUCUCUACGCUACUGGAGGUAAUGGCUCAAGAUCCUUACUUACAAGUGGAAAACAAUACAGGCAUCAUGGUGCAACGCAGUGGAGUCACUAUCUUAACAUCAGCCAACCUCAGUGUCGUCAGCAAUCUGGACAUUAGAGACCCAGAGGAAGUGACAUAUGAAGUGUUCCUCCCUCCGGACCAUGGCCUCCUCCACUUUAUUGACAAAGAUUUUGAGCCUGUAACAGAGGCAGAUGCUGUCUCUACAUUUACUCAGCAGGAUUUGGUGAAUGGAAGAUUGGCUUAUCAUCAUGAUGGAAGCCAGGAGUUGUUUGAUAUGUUCAAUGUGACAGCCAGAGCCAAAGAAGGUAGUGCAGGCCAUGGUUCAAACACAGGGAGGAGAGAAGUUAAUUUGGACAUUGGAAUACCAGUGAGAAUUUACCUUGAGAGCCACCAGAGGGCGCCAACGGUCCUCACAAUUCAACCAGUGGUGGUGGAGGAGGGUUGCAGUAUCUCCAUUAGCAGAAAAUAUUUAGAGGUGGUCCAUGAGAAUAGUCCAGCAUCAGAGAUAGUUUUCACUGUUAAAAGUCCUCCCUCAUUUGGUUCAAUCAAAAGGAAUUCAUCAGACCAGGGAAAUACAGGGCUGGCAUUGUCAUCCUUUACCCAAGAAGAUAUUAACCAGGGUUUCAUUGUUUACCAUCAAAAUGGUUCAGAACGCACAAAUGACUCAAUUCUACUGGAAGUAACUAAUGGAAUGACCGCAGUUGGACCCAUCAGGCUGGAGGUUGAUAUCAUACCUCUACUUCUGCCACUACAGGUGUCAGAUUUGAGUUUGGAUGAAGGAUCGUCACUCAUACUAACUCCUGACAUUAUCAAAGUCAACAGUCAUCACUUUACAGGGAUGAACUUCCUAUAUGAGGUGGUUGCUCCACCUAGACAUGGACAUCUGGAGCACAGCGGAAUUCCAGGAAUGUCCAUAACUGCAUUCACUCACUCUGAGAUGGAACGUGAGCUCAUCUCUUACAUCCACGAUGGAAGUGAAACUCUCACUGACGACUUCAAUCUGAUGGCAAAUCAAACUGAAGUCAGGAAGCACAGUUUGCCCUGUACAGUUCAUAUUGAUAUUACACCUGUGAAUGAUGAAAGCCCUACUGUUACCGUUAACAAAGGGUUAAAGAUGUGGGUGGGUUCUGUCACUGAAAUAUCUGUGAAUGACCUCAGUGCAGAGGACUUGGAUACUCCAUCUGUGGGGCUGGAGUUUGUGGUCACUCCGCCCAGCAACGGCCACCUGGCUCUGAAGAGCGCCCCCUCCAGGCAUAUCCUCAACUUCACACAGUACCACAUAGAAACAGGACAUCUUGUAUUUGUGCACAGUGGUGCUAUGACUGGUGGUUUUCACUUUCAAGUGAAUGAUGGUGUCCACUUUGCUCCUCGUCAGAUUUUUAGCACCACUGCACAUUCACUAGACUUGACUCUUCAAAAGAAUCACCCAUUAAAGGUUUAUCCAGGCUCAGUCACUCCCAUCACAGAGCAACAGCUUCAGGUGGUCACCAGUGACAUCAGCCACAUGAACAGGAAUCACUCUGUGGUGUUUGCCAUCACAACGCCUCCUAAACUGGGCCGCUUAGUCCAGCGCUUGUCAGACAACUCCACACGGAACAUCUCAAUAUUCACUCAAAAUAUGUUAAAUGCAGGUCAAGUACUGUAUCAACAAACCAAGCCUGAGAUGGUUGGAUGGUCGGCCACAGACACUUUCUUGUUCACCGUGUCCUUGCCCCCUGCUUUCCUCCCUCCACAAACCUUCUCCAUCAUUGUCUCCUAUCAGGGUAAUGAGAAUCACGACCAAUCAUAUAAGACCGAGUUACUAAACAAUGCUGGUGCAGUGGUGGCUGAGGGGGGCAGGGUGAAAAUUGACAGAUCUAAACUUGAUGCCACAAAUCUAAUCAUGAAACUACCAGACACUCAGCAAAAAGGCCAUCACAUUAUGUACAGUUUGAUUUCUCUGCCAAAGCAUGGAGUUCUGUCUAUCCAGGGACAAAAUCUAACCAGGGACAAACUCGACUUUUCUCAGGCAACUCUAAACAAGCAUGGCAUCACUUAUCUCCAUGACGACUCUGAGACAACCAAUGACAGCUUCACUUUCCGGGCUUGGGUGGCUCCUCUGGACAUGUCCUCAUCCUCUGCCCUCUCCUCUCUCAAAGCCCUCUCCUCUGAAUCUUCCUCCUACUCCCCUUUGUACUCAGCCUCCUCAUCUUCCCUGUCUCCAUCUUUAGUAGACCAAGUGUCCCAUAGCCACAGCAAAUCCAAAUUGGCGGUCACUGAAAUGUUCAACAUCACUGUGACUCCAGUGAACGACCACCCUCCACUCGUCAGGACUCGAGCCCCCAGCAUGAAGGUUGUCGUGGGAGAGAGCGUCGUGCUUGGACCAGACUAUCUUCAGGUAGAGGAUCAUGACACUCCCCCAGAGGAGCUACAUUACAUGGUGAUCAGUAAGCCCAACAACGGCUACCUGACUCUGGGAGAAAGACCGGAGCCAGUGACCUCCUUCACACAAUAUGACGUCAACCAUGGACGCCUACACUUCAUACAGAAGGGUGAACCAUUAACUGGAGUCUUCUACUUCAACGUUACUGACGGCCAUCAUGGCCCGCUCUAUAAACUCUUCAGCCUGGAGGUGGUCAAGCCUUCAGUUUUCAUGGUGAACAACACUGGCCUCUCAUUGGUCCAGGGAAAAACUGCUGUGGUUCUGACAACAAAUCAGCUGUCAGCACAAACCAAUAGUCGCCACCCGUCCAACAUCACCUAUACUGUUAUCUCCAACCCCCACCACGGACGAAUCGCAAUCAACGACCAGGAAGUAAGCACCUUUUGUCAUGAGGACCUGCAGUUUGGGCGUGUGGUGUAUCACAUGACUGACCUCAGCGAAUCAGAGGACAGCUUUGAGAUCUCGGUGUCGGCACAUUCCCCUGGUGUGGAGUAUGGGAACAUCACAGCGCAAAUGGUAACAGUAAAUGUUCUACCCCUGAUUUACCUGAGGGAACCAGUCCGAGUGCCCAGUGGGAUAGCGGUCAAACUGGGCAAGGCCAUGAUAGACGCCUCAGAACUGGCCAGAAUCAGCCGAGUGGACCCACUGUUUGAGGUGCUGUCUCCUCCAAAACAUGGGAAACUGGUCAAGAUGACCUACAACCCCAGCCAAGAAUAUGAAGUCCUCAAGUCAUUCACUUUCCGAGAUGUGGUCCAGGGCCGGGUUGCCAUUGAGGAGACGCUCAGUGACAGUGACAGUAUCCAGAGCAACAAAUCCCUCCUCCCCACCAAUCAAGGCCACGCCCCCGCUCUGCCUCUCAAUGACUCCUUCACGUUCUUGGUUAGAGCUGGCAACGUCCAACCGGCAAAGGGGGAGCUCCACUUUACCAUCUUACCCCAUCACCAAAUGCAUUAUGGGCCGGGAGGUGGGGGGCAGAAAGGAGAAAAGGCAAGUCGCAAUUACACUACCACUCGCUUCCCCAGUCACAACCGAACAACAAGCGGAGAGAAAGGUCAUCGAAAAGUUGGAUUAACAACACCAAAUGAGACCGGAGACAAUUCGCACCCACAUAUUUUAUCAAAUAAAAAUCACCACCAUAAUAAAACUCACCAUAAGGGGCGAAAUCAUCACCGCUGGGGCAACCACACUCGAAGUGGGAUACAUGGGGGGAAAUCAACCACUCAAAAUCCUGCACAGCAAACUCCAAACCUGGACAAAACCAAACUGGAAAACCACGAAGACGUGCACCCUGUUUACUAUGAAAUCCUCCCCCGCCCUGCCUCCGACCCCCUGCUCAUUAUCCUACCCCUGUUAGCUUGUCUGCUUCUUAUAGUCAUCCUGGUAGUUUUGAUUUUGGUUUUCCGUCAUCGUAAGGAGAAACAAGCCCAGAUUAGGCUUCUGCAGGAAUUAGCAGCACUGCCUCCCAUGUCCGAAGAAAGUGGUAGUCCAAGUUCGGGAUGCGGAGAGAGGAGCAUAGCCAUGCCCAGUGUUGUAGUUACCCCUCUAGGACCAUCCAGCUGUCCGACCUCUCCGAGAACACCCAUAAGUCCCAGGAGAAGGAGCCUGGCACCCGGGAUGACAUUUUGGGGACCAUUUGAUGACGAUGGGAAUAUUGUACAAAGGGAAUUUCAUGAGAAGAAUAACCUAGUGCGGUGUAAUGUUUAUAGUUCUGAAGCAUUUCAGAGUCCACUAAGGUCAAGAUGCCCCACACCCUCUCUUAAAGACAGUCAGUACUGGGUUUAAUGAGACCAAACUGAACAGGAACUGUGCCUUAGGUUUGAUUAAGUAUAUGGAAAGAAUUGUUAAGAUUUGAAUUUUUUUCCUCCUGUCUCUGUCAUGAAGAUAAUGAACAAUUAUGGAAAAACAAUUCACAAAAAUGUGAAUUGUUUUUCUGACAAAUAUUGCCAUUGUGAUUUUGUUCACAGUGUACAGUUUAAACUAAUUUAAGAUAACACUAGAAGCAUUUUAAAGCAUGUUUCAACAAACUCCUGGUAUAUAGAUAAAUGAAAUGAAAUGAAAUAAAUGAAAAGGUUCAUUUUCUGUGUAUUAUUUCUGUAAACAUGAUGCUUACAAAAGUGGUUUGAAAACAUUGUUUCUCAAUAGUGAACAGUAACUGUUUAGCUUCGUGCAAAUCCAUUUGUCAUGAGGUGUCUCUGUUUAUAAUAAUUUUGUGUAGAGCAGAAGACUGUUUGAGUAUGGAUUUAAGGAUUUUGCCAGAAAAAAACCAAACCCAAACAUUGCAAUAAUUUGACACUGAGUAUUUUUUUUGCCACCCUCAAUGAAUAAUUUGCUUUUAUGUUUGUACUUUACCAAUCUGUUUUUUCCCUUGAUAAAAAAAAAUGGCAACAUUGAAACUAUUUCCAAUAUUGCAAUAGUUUUGUACAACUGCAUCUUUAUAAAUAAAAUACACAGACUUUCCAUUGCUGACUUGUGUAAUAAUGUGAUCAUUAUUAUAAUGUCCCUCCAAAAUCAGUGUCACCUAUUGUGUAAUCAUAUUUUCUGAUAAUUAUGGAAAAAAUCAUGACAGUGAAUGUGGAAUCUGAUCGAAUAAACACAAGCAAUGUCUAAAUAAUAAAGAAGCAGUAACCUGACCAUGAGUUUGGUGUCACAUGUCAGAGGUGCACUGCAGAGCUCAGCAGAAACAUGUGGAAACAAGCUUGCACACACACAUACAUACAUACCACUGCAAAGAGGACAUCACAACCAUGUCAGUCACAAGCACUUCAGAAAAUAGGUUUUGUCUUCACAAACACAAGAAUAUGUAACACAUGAAAUGUUUAUUCAUUUGUACAUAUAGCAUGUAUAUUGCAGUCAUGAUAAGUUAUUUUAUACUAAAAGAAGACACCAACAAACAGACAUCAAAGUUACAAGUUUCAAAGGGAUCUAAGCAGAGCUUUGUUUCAUUCUAUGACAUGUUUCAACCCCCUCAUGUUUGUCUGAGGCUGUGACAUGUCUUGUCAACUUGUUUAAGUAGAACAACAUGGAAAAGCAAAAGGACCUUGUUCAUGUGAAAUGAUGACCACUGUUAGUGAUCUAUAAUGUACUGUAUACAGAUUUGAAAUGUAAUGGAAUGUUUUU